AUGGUUGUUACAAAUGAAGAAAUAAUGGAAGGUUUUUCAGGAGAGAAUGCCCUUUUAAAUUUGGCGGACUAGCUAAAGAAUGAACAUGAAGCUAGCACUUUCAAACUAGUGGUCGAAAGAAUUUAAGAUUUAUUCACAUAGCAAGGGCAAUCGAAAUAGAAAUAUUUUGCAAUGAAAGUAAUAUCUUUAAUCAAAGAAUCAAGCUGAUGAUGUUAUUGAGUAAGAAAUAACUAUUCAUCAACAGUUUCAUUAAGGCUAAGAAUCUCUUUGAUAUAUUGGGAGAACUUGCAUUAUGCGACAAAGAAAAACCAUAUGAGUAGAGAGCAUAUAAGAUAUUUGGGGCUAAAGAGGGUAAGGUGAAUAGUAUAAAAUAAUAGAUCCAAACUUUAGUCAUGGUUUCUAUGAUAUUUUGAUGGAGUGCAUUUCAUAUUGGGGAACAAAGUACGCUGCCGAUUAGAAGGGGAAUCCAACAAUAUUCGCAAAGCUUCUUGAAAAGUUGUACAAUCAAGGUUUCAAACCAAAAAUUGAAUUACUUCUGUUUGAGUUAACUGAAGAACAAAAGGAGAAAUUAAAAAGUUAUAGUAUGCCAACUGAAUAAUAAAAAUAAAAAAUCAAUAUGAAUGAUGUUAGUCUAGAUGAACUGAAAAAAAUAUAUCAAGAAAUGUUUGCUCAAACUAAUGAUUUGGUAGAGAGUUUGGAACAAAAUUUAAAAGGAGAAGAUUAAGCAACGGAAAUUAUGGAUUAAUGUAAAUUGUUAGUUUAUUUUAGUGAUGGAGAAUGCCUGUAACGAUGCAGAAAAACUAAAACCCAAUUUGGAAUUAUUGCAGGCAAAUCAAAAUUAAUUAGGUGAAGGCCAAAGAAAACAGAUUGGCUAUAGAUAUAAAAUAAUUACAACCUUAAUCGAAGAAAACAAAAACAUGCGUGCAGAAGGAUUUACCAAUGAAAACUAUUAGAUCUUUCGUUAUGAAGUCCUUUAAGCAACAAGAGAAAUUACAGGAUCCGAAAAACCAAAACCCCCAGCAAAUUAUGGAAAACCUACGUAAAAAUAACCUUAAUAAUAAUAAACGAAUACAUAACCUGAAUAAAGAGUCUAAUAAUAAUAGAUUCCAAAGCCACCUCAAUAUACGGACAAGAGGUAGCCCCAGACCUAACAAUAGCCUAUAAGGAAAGAACCUGAAAUUCAAAAAUAGAUUCAACAACCUGCUUACUAACCUCCAUUAUAAUAAAGCUAUCCAUAUGUUAGAACACAAUAGCCAUAACAUCAUUAAUAGACUAAAUAAUAGAAUUAGCCUUAUUAACAACCAGAAAGGUAUAUACAACCUUCUCCUCCUCCCCCUCCUUUUAAAAAAUUACCCAUAACCAGAUCACAAGAGCAUUUUUAAAGCCCAAAUAAAGGUUAAUUUGAGGAUCAUUAUGAUAAUAGGAGUUAGAGUUCCCAGUUUUCAGGGAAGGAUUUCAAUUUGAGAGGACAAUAGGGAUUUGUAUCAAAGGUUUAUGAAGGACAAUUUAUACCUUAUGAUGAUAGAAAUUUCUCAAUUUUGGAAGAGAUUUAUAAUAAUAAUGGAAUCAACAGAAUAAAAAGAGCAAACUUGAAGAAUAGAUGUUCCAUAUUUGAAUCUCCAGAAAUUCAAAUUGGAUUUGAUUCCAAUUUAGUUUAUCAUGAGAUAACAAAUCGUUAUUAUUUAAGAAUUCGUUUGUGUUUUGGAAAUAAAACAUCAACACUAUUGUAGAAUUUCCAAUAUUCAUUCGAAGGAGACACUUGUAUGGGUCUAUGGACAUAGGAUCCAAUUCAUUAGCAUAGCCAAACAUUAUAAAGAGAUUAAAUGGGAAGACUGAUAUUGAACCCAAGUUAAUAGAUGUAUGUUCCGAUAUGCAUUAAUUACAAUCGUGUUCCCUAUUAAAUAAUAUCAGGAAGAUUUAGUUACGAGAUGGCAGACGAAGAGGAUAGAAGGAUUUCUCAUUUUGCAAUUCCUUGUUUGUUAACUAAAUUUAUGAGUUUUAGAGAUACGACUAUAAAUUCCUUCAAGGCUAGAUGGGAGUACAAAUCCAAAAGCAUAUUAAAGACAGAGUAAGUAUUUCUAAAUCCUAAAAUCAUAAGAUCAAAAGAUGAUUUUUUAAAAAGUUUUGGGUCAAAUAACAUCAUGAGAUUGAAUGAGGACGAAUUUAUGAAUGAAGGUACUUAAUGUUCUUGAUUUUAGCCGAAAAAGACAAUGUCGAGACUGAAUUUGGGCUAGCGUUUACAUUGGGCAAUCCGUAAAUAGAAUUCCUACUGAAAAUAAUUGUAUUCCCAAAUCAAACAGUAUUGUUUCAGAUUAUACCUUACUAAUCCUACUAAACUUAAGCAGAAGCCUUUCUAAACACCCUAGUUUUUAUAUUUUGUUUGCCAGAUUGACC